GCAUUCACAUACACCAGCAACGGCAAGUCGAAGUUGCCGUUGCCGGUGUAUGUGAAUGUUUGCAUAAGAACUGCUUGGAAAGAUAAUUGACGCAACGUGACGGGACGGAACGUGAACGUGAUGUGGAUGUUGUAUGUGAAUCGCACUUUAUUCGUCUCUGUUUAUUUAUUUCACCGACUGGCUCUCGAGUCCCGGCUUUCCAAGUGUUUAGCAAUGCUUUCAGUUAAUUUUUAUGGGAAAUAGUUAAUAAUUUAUGCUCGAGAGUAAUAUUCACGUAAGGAAAACUACGUGGGAAUUUCGAAAUAUCGAAGCUAUCUUGAAAUUUACAAAAGAUUUCUUAUAAUUUUAAGAGCUACAGCAAAUGUUGUGCAAAAAUAGGCUUUUUUCGUACAAAGCACAUUUUGGUCUUUGUAUUAGGAAUUGUUACACUAGCAGAGGAGAGUUAUAUAACAAAUGCUAUCGUGUUCUUGGCGUGACGGAGCAAUCCGACCAGAACACCGUUCGUCAGGCUUAUAUAGCGCUGGUAAAAAAAUUCCACCCGGACAGUGGCAAUCCAGAAGCAAGCGCGGAAAGAUUUCACGAACUUGACAACGCUUUCCGAAUACUGCAGGAGAAAUUUUCCAAAUCUCGCCGAGGUAUCAUUGAGGACAUGCAAGAUAAGGUCAAGGUGUUUGAUAUCCGCCACACCGCGCCCCAGCAUCGACAGUAUCUCACAUUCGACGGCGUAGGAAUGGGAACACCUGCCCAACGACAGAAGCAGUACCAAACAGUGCGCGCACAGCGAGCCCAGGAAAGAGUUCUGGAGCACAGGAUGUCCAAGGCUCAGGCUACCGAGAUGGCUCUCAUGAAAAAGGGAGAUUAUUACAAGAAGCAUGAAAUCAAAACCAAAUACGGAUACGACCGGGUCGUCGAGGAUCUGAUACAAGAGGCGAUGUCGCGGGGAGAUUUUAGUAAUUUAUCUGGUUUUGGAAAACCGCUACCCGAUCAUCAGAGCCAAAAUCCGUACGUCGAUUUCACUACGCAUAAGAUAAACAAAAUUAUGCUGGACAAUGGUUUCACGCCCGAAUGGAUCACGCUCCACAAGGAAAUAAAAGAGGACAGAGAGGAUUUGACGAAAAGUUUAACAACAGAAAGACAAUCGUUGGGGGCGGUUCCGUUGAAUCCCCAGGAUGAGUACAAAUGGACCAAAGCAUUGGAAGCACAUGAAAAUGUAGUUGGUAGUAUAAAUAAAAAAAUUGAUAAAUUCAAUCUGAUUGUGCCGGUGUUGAACAAACAGAUGAUGCGUGUCGAUUUGAAGAAACUAAGCGGACAGAUUUUGGAGAUCAAACAGUAUGAAUAUCAUGUUCAGCCGGAAAAUAGUUUGCUAUCGUCCGAAAAUCAACCUCAGGACGCUGGCAGAGCGAAUAUAUUCAGCUUCAUCGGGUCUCUCUUGAAAUGAUUUUGCUGUUCGUAAAGUUGUAUAUAUUAGAAUAUUUUGAAUUAUUCUUUGGGUUCGAUUAAAUAAAUAUGAUAUAUGGUGC